GCUCGAAAUGGUGCGCAUCCUCUUUGCCCAGAGCUCCACUGGGAUGCAACGGGCGUUCGACAGCGGCGAGCACGCCAUGUUUGCAAUGACGAAGUAGGAAAAACGCCUUCAACAUGCAAUAUUUUCGUUUCCUGGUGCUUUUGAAGGCCUUGUCCGCCGUGAACAUUCGAGCGUGCAUCCAUCCUGCAUCGCUGCAGUAAAACCUCCAUCGACAUGGCUCUCGACGACAAGACUGUGCUCAGCAAUACUGACAUCGAGCCGGCGUCAGGAGUCGAGUCGACAACCGGAUCCAGUGAUCUCGACGACAACUACGAUGUCUACAAGCGGAACCAGAACCUCGGAAUUGACGAGGCUGAAGCGAAGCGGGUUCUGCGGAAGAUUGACAUGCGCAUAGUGCCGAUUCUGUUCAUGACAUAUCUCCUGCAGUAUCUGGACAAGAAUGGCAUCAACUACGCGAGUGUCUACGGCCUGCAGAAGGGUACACAUCUAAAGGGGGAUGAAUACUCUUGGCUAAGCUCCAUAUUCUAUUUUGGCUAUCUUUUCACCCAGUUUCCCUCUGGGUAUCUCAUGCAGAGGCUGCCUACUGGCAAAUUUCUCAGCUGGACGAUAAUAGCAUGGAGCAUUGUCCUGCUCACGACGCCGGCAUGCCACAAUUUUGCUGGCAUAGCGGUCAACCGGUUCCUUCUGGGAGGCCUUGAGGCUGCUGUUAACCCAGGCUUCGUGUUUAUCAUGGGAAUGUGGUACACUUCUGCCGAGCAACCGCUGCGUCUGGAGGCAUACUACUGCACGAAUGGGAUCGCCACCAUGUUUGGAGGUCUUAUCGGCUACGCCAUCGGACACAUUACGACCGGCGCGCUGGCGCGCUGGAUGUACGUGUUCAUCAUCUUCGGCUCAUGCAGCUUUGUAUGGGGCAUUGUCUCGUUGAUCGUGCUGCCGGACCUUCCCUCGACAGCCAAGUUCCUUACGGAGCGCGAGCGUGCCAUAGCUGUCGAGCGUGUCGCAUCGAACCGACAGGGCGUCAAGAACAACCACUUCAAGAAAAACCAGGCAUGGGAAUGCGCGCGUGACCCCAAGACGUGGAUGCUGUUCAUUAUGUCUGUCGGCGCGCAGGUGCCCAACGCAGCCAUCACGAGUUUCACAUCCAUCAUCGUCGGCUCCUUCGGCUUCGACACCCUCGGCACGCAAUACCUCCAAAUCCCCGGCGGCUUCGUGCAAUUUGCGGCGCUCCUCGGUGGCGGCUUCAUCUGCACGCGGUGGCCGAACUCGCGCUGCAUCACGAUGAUCGUGGCGAACCUGAUUUGCAUCUUGGGCUCAUCGAUGCUGAUCGGACUGCCCGACAGCAACAAGUGGGGCCGGCUGGUCGCGCUCUGGCUGUGCUUUUUCCAAGGCUUGGGAUACAGCAUGAGCUUGACGAUGGUGAGCAGCAACAUCUCGGGCACCACGAAGAAGCAGCUCACUGCCGCGAUCAUCUUUACUGGAUACUGUGUCGGGAACAUCAUUGGGCCGCAGACGUUUAAGAAGAGUGAGGCGCCGGGGUAUCAGUCGGCUUAUAUUGCCAUGCUCGUCGGCUACGUCGUCAAGCUCUCCAUGGUCAUCCUCCUGUACGUCUACAUGUGGGUCGUGAACAAGCGGCGCGACCGCGAAGCAGCGGGCCGCACGCCGGAGGAGCUGGAGAAGGACGCCAUCGAAGCCGGAAUGCGCGACCUCACCGAGGUCGAGAACAAGGGCUUCCGAUACAUAUUGUAGGCGUGAGUUGUGGGGAGGGAAAUAUGUUGUGUUAUUGUUCCAGUCCGGGUCGGAGACUGGUGUCGGUCAUACUGAGCCGAAGAUUAGCUGCUACCUAGGUACCUAUAAUUCUCUGAACCUCUGU